GGCACAAUCCUAAUGCACACAACUGCUGGAGAGAUGUUGCGGCGCUGGAAUGGUAAACAGCGAGUAUCACAGUUGCUCAUGAGUCGAGAAUGUGUUGUGAUGGCCAUCUAUGGACACCAUCGCUUCGUCACGCUCACUACUACGGCAAAUCAGCUGGAUGAGGCUGCGACUGAUGAGAAAAUCGAAUGCGCAUGUUUGACUAGAGAUGGCGACUAUGUCAUCACAGGAUCAGAAAGUGGCCGCUGUGCGGUUUGGAGGCUCUUCCCAUUGCAGAAACUGUAUACUUUCCAGGUAAAAGUCUAG